AUGGCUCUGCUUCCUAUUCGUUUUCAUGAGCAUCUUCAGCUUACUAAUGUGGGUAUUCGCCCACAAAACAUUUGCUUUGCAAAUGUCACCAUGGAAUCGGACAAGUUCAUCGUUGUUCGUGAAAUGGUUAUUCAAUUGUUGCCAGUCAUUUUAUGGUCAUUAUUGUCCCUUUUUUCUCAGAUCGGAGAUUCUCAGCAAGUGGUAAUUAUCGAUCUCGCAGAUCCGGCCAAUCCACAGAGGCGACCCAUCUCGGCCGAUUCAGUCAUAAUGCAUCCCACCGCGAAGAUAAUCGCACUCAAAUGUGAUUAA